GAGAGAGAGAGAGAUGGAAGGGGGGAGUUGGACAUCUGACGGAAGAUACACACACAAAGGGGGAUGAAUAUUUCAGAGGCUUCUUAACGCGUUUCUAAUUAAAGACUUAGGCUUUUUAACCCACUUGGGACUUGCGCCUUACGUCUGCAGGAGGAAGAAUAAGAAGUGGCUGAGACCCUGCCAAAAGGAUCUAAGGGGAAAAACUUCAGGCAACAACACUCCCAAGGUUGCCAAGUGGACUUUUAUUGUUUUCCACCCACUUCCAAGUCGAUAAUAUCAGCCUGAACGCAGCCACCUCAUGCACAUCCUAUAGCCUAUAUAAGCAGAGGCAGAACCGAAGCUGGAAUGGAGUAGUUUGAGAAUCCGGCGUGUGCACUGCGGGGGCCACGGGGAAAGUUUGGCUGCCGGCACUUGGGUCUUCUUCUGUCCUGUCUUGCUAGAACAGAAUACAGUGGUCCGGCUUCCUCCAGCGACUCUCGGGGAAGAAGAGGCAGUGAAUUAGAAGCCCAGAGAAGGUGGAGGAUUUCUUUCCUGAUUCACUGCUUGCUAAACGCACCUCCCUUCCCAUCUUUGUGCUGAUUGAAAUGAGUGGACUGAGGUGUCCUGUUGUUCUGGGGCUGGUGCUGUUACUAUUGACAGUGGGACCUUGCCAGGGGAGGACGGAACCCCGAGAACUCAAGGACAGGCAGACUCUCUUAAACUUAAUCAUGGAGAUCAUCCAGGAACUUAAAAAAUACCAUUCGGGGGAGGACAACAGAUUGCAAUUUUUCAACAAGCAUGACUAUACUUUGGGCAGGAGAGAAGUCACUGACUAUGGAGUUUACCCUGAUGAACAAAGAGUUGAAAUCGUUCCUCGAGAUUUGAGGAUGAAAGACAAGGUUUUAAAACAUCUAACAGGUGAGUCCCCAAAUGCAGCAAAACACUUUCACAGGCUUUAUCACAACACCAGAGACUGCACCAUUCCAGCAUACUAUAAAAGAUGUGCCAGGCUUCUUACUCGGUUGGCUGUGAGUCCAGUGUGCAUGGAAGGAUAAGGGGGUAGAGCCAUAAAGCAGCAGAAUGCCAAGAACAUGAGAAGUGCCUUGGAACCUAACAGGGAAAUUGAACUUCAUAUCUUUAUAAACAUAUUCCAUGUGAACAAGAGAUUUAUUUUUGCAGACUGACAGACUCUUCCAGAAUUCCUUCAACUUGUGUUUUGUAUGUUGUCAAUACUAUUAUAACUGCCGGUUCUACUUAAAUACUUUCUUUUAAAAGAAUAAUAUUAACACUCCACUCUCUACAUGUAGUUCUCCUAAAUAACUGAUAGAGGGUUUGGCCAGAAGAAUACCAUUUUUUGAUCUGGAAAUUUCAAGGACAUUAUUUUGAAAUGUAAGAAUUCACAAAAUAAUCUGUUAUAAUAGGAAAAAUUGAGGUUUGAUAAUUUAUCACUUUUCUAAUUCUCCUGGACCCUAAUUUAAAAUUGCAUGAAAAACGCAAAAAGGAAACUUAAAAAAAAAAUCUUUUGUAGACUAGUGGAGUGUGAAUUUGUGUGGGGAGGAAAUUCCACCUAAGCUAAUUUCAUUUUUUUUGUAUAAUACCUGUAUAAAACAUUCCAGCUAAUGUGCAAUAUGUAAAUACUGUAAAUAAGCAUAAGUAAUAAAUGAAAUGUUUGGUAUAGUACACUGUUCUUAUUAUGAGUUCUUUUUACUCCUAAUGUAUUCAAUAAUGUGAAUAACAAGAAUUAUAAUAUAAAUAAUCUUAGGGAUAAUUUUAUCAUGGAAUAUGUAAAAUAGGAAAAAAAGGAAGGAAACCAUGUACGUUUCUUAGAGUCUCUAAUCACAAGUAACAAAUAGUAUUCUUAUAAACAAGUUAUUAUACGCUGCAGAUGUGAAUGUGAUUAAUACAGUAACAAAUAUUUCAAGUGCUACAACAUUUACCACUUUUCACAAAUGAUUUAAUGAUCCUACAAAUAGAAUUAUAAACAACUUUUGGGACCAUCAAUUUUAAUAUAUUUCUAAAACCUUCCAAGUGAUGAGAAUGAAUUCUUUUCCUAAAGGUUUUUGCAAAUUUCUAUUUAUGCCAUGGCAACAUGCAAAAACCAAUGACUAAAGUCAGUCAGCCAUAAGAUUCUUGAUGAAAGAAAGCUCAGCAACUCAAUUAACACAAUUUCAGAGCUGAGUAUAGCUCCAAAAUCAUCAAGCCCAACUCCCUUAUAUACAGAUGAAG